AUGAUCAAGGCCAUGUCUCGCCGGGCGAUGCUUGCCCAUCUCAUGUCUCUGUGUUUCUCAACUGCUGCAUCCACAACGCCCUCUGUCAACCUAGGUUAUGAAAUCCAUACCGCCACCGUGAAUACGACUGGGGACUACUACAUAUUCAGCAACGUGCCUUAUGCUCAGCAGCCAGUGGAUGACCUCCGUUUCAAGCUCCCCCUUAGCAUCACAGGCAAUAGCUCGACUAUCAACGAUGGCUCGACAACCGCCAUAUGUAUCCAAGGUGCGCCAAUUUGGACCAUUCAGCAAUCUGCCAACCUGUACAACGUGUCCGAUGAGGUUAUAGAGGCGCUACUCUGGAACGAAGCUAACCAAACCGAGGCAUGUCUCUUGCUGGAUGUUUAUGUUCCGUCAAGUACCUUCAAUAAAACCACUACGAAAACCCCCGUGCUCGUCUACAUCCAUGGCGGCGGCUAUGCCGUGGGCUCCAAAGCUGUCGACCCGGCGGGACUGAUUGCUCGAUCGCAGCUGGAUAACGGCGAAGGCAUGGUGAUUGUAGCCAUCAAUUAUCGCCUGGGUAUGUACGGAUGGCUUGGUGGUGCAAACGAUACCAUUCCCAACCUAGGCCUGCACGACCAGUUGAUGGCGAUGCAGUGGGUGCAUAAAUACAUUUCGCUCUUCGGUGGCGACCCAGACCAAGUGACGGUUAUUGGGGGAAGUGCAGGUGCAUCAAGCAUCGUGUUCCAUAUUACAUCGUACGGCGGCAAGAGCACGCUGCCUUUCAAACGAGCAAUCCCACAGAGCCCGGCCUUUCAGUUCAACAUCAACUCAACGGCCGGGUACGAGCUUACUAUGACUGUAGCAUCCAACAUCACAGGCACGAAUAUCUCGACAGUAGCUGAGCUGAGUGCGCUCGAUGCUGCGACGCUCAAAUCUGUUAAUGAGAAGACCAUCCUCCAGGGUUCCUGGGGAAAUGUCGUAUUCGGCCCCGCACCUGAUGGAGAUUAUGUACCCAAGCUCCCGCAGGUGUUGCUAGCUGAGGGCGCGUUCAACAAAGACAUUGAGCUCCUUAUUGGUCACAACUCCAAUGAAUCCGUGUCCUUCGUGGACCCAAGUAUAAGUACCGACACCGAGAUGUUUUUGUCGCUCGAGGAACAACUUCCAGAAGCCAGCAAUGCUACGCUGGCUUACAUCUUGGAUACCCUAUACCCUGCCGCCAACUAUUCAACCCAGUUCCAGCGUGCUGUUCAAAUCAGAAGUGACGUUUAUUUCGCCUGCACAACCCGUUACCUUGCCCUAGCUAAAGGCAACGAGACGUACAGCUAUCUCUUUGCCAUAUCACCUGGCUAUCAUGCUGAUGAUACACAAUACACCUUCUAUGAUGGAGAUUCUAGCACUUUGGACAGCGGCUACCCCGUCGACGUGCCGAUGGCGUAUGUGUUGCAAGACUCGAUCAUUGGAUUCACGCAGGCUGGCGACCCAAAUAAAGCACCCGUCGGUUUGAACGGCUCAUUUCCCCUCUAUGGUAGCGACGCCCAGGUUCUGGCGAUUACUCUUGAUCGCCUUGUGACUGAGACGGAUGAUUUGGACAAUGUAAGGUGUGCGUGGUGGCAGCAGGCGAUGAUCGACGGUCUGGUGUAA